AUGGACAAGACAGAGAUACCAAUUCAGAUCCAAUACACUCUGUGCCUGUUGGGUGGGCAAUUCCGGUAUCUCUGGAAUUUAGACAUUGGUCUUAGAACUGGGGUCACAAACUCAAUGGGAAGGGAAACAGCCAGCAGAUGGCUACAGUCAAAUCUUUGCUUUAGGAGCCCAGAGCAGCAGAUCCACCUGCCCAGGUCUAAAGGCAAUACUGAGGCUGGGGUGGGAGGCAGACAGGGACCCUUGUACAUUAGUGCAAAAGUUUUGCAACUGCAAAUCAGAGAAAAUGCAGGGUAUGAAAUCCAGUGGGAAACUCACAUAUAUACUACUCAGGUCAGCAAGUUAAAAGAGGCAGUCUCAGGAAAUUUCCGUAUAAACAGGCAUCUUGUAUUUCCAGCUGAUUUUGGAAAGGACUCAAGUCUUUCACACAGGGCAAUUGGAGAAAACUCCAUACAUAAAAAGUGCACUUGGUGUUAA